AAAUCUCCCGCACCCUCCAUCUCCUCCUUCGCUUCUGCCGUCUCACUCCACCGCCGUCUCGACUGUGUACACUUAUAUGAACUUGAUGACGCCUUGAAUCUGGGUUAUUUCUGUUCUUCAGAUUUAUUCAUUCGUGACUUAUAAUCUCGAAGUAGACGUCCGCCACAUCCUGUAUCAUCGAUCGCCUGUCGCUUAAAUCGCGAGCGCAGACCUUUCAGUCCCAAAACAAACAACCAAACCAUCCACAUCAACAGGUGCGCGCUCCAUAAACACUUCAACCAGCUCGCCCAUCCUGUCGUCGACACGCCCUCUAAACACCGAAUCGCAACAUUCCGCAAUGGACUCUCCACGAGGAUCAAACUUGGACAACGGCAAGUCGCCAACCCCGCCUGUGGGCUUUCGCCCGCAAAAUGGAGGAAUCAUCAAGGUGCAGCCACCGCGCCGCGAGGAUCUUCAGCCCUCCUAUGCCCAAACCCUUCAGGGCGACAAUGAGGCAGAGACCCAUGGCUGGUAUGGAUCUAUGAUCAAUUCCUUGGGAAGCUGCGUUGGUUUCCUGGGUGCCAUCCCCUGCUGCGUUAUCUGCCCCAACCCCUACAAGCCUGUGUCGCAGGGUAACGUGGGUCUGGUCACCAAGUUCGGUCGCUUUUCUCGAGCUGUCGACCCUGGUUUGGUCAAGAUCAACCCAUUGUCCGAACGACUCAUCCAAGUCGAUGUCAAGAUCCAGAUUGUCGAGGUGCCACGUCAAGUGUGCAUGACCAAGGACAAUGUUACACUCAACUUGACUUCGGUCAUCUACUAUCACAUUACAUCUCCUCACAAGGCGGCUUUUGGUAUCUCCAACAUCCGUCAAGCCUUGGUGGAGCGAACCCAAACCACCCUGCGACACGUUGUUGGAGCGCGUGUCCUGCAAGAUGUCAUUGAGCGUCGCGAGGAGCUUGCCCAGUCGAUUGGUGAAAUUAUCGAGGAUGUCGCAUCUGGCUGGGGUGUCCAAGUCGAAUCUAUGCUGAUAAAGGACAUUAUCUUCAGCAACGACCUCCAGGACUCCCUCUCGAUGGCCGCUCAGUCCAAGAGAAUCGGUGAAUCCAAGGUCAUUGCUGCCCGUGCCGAAGUCGAAUCCGCCAAACUCAUGAGACAAGCGGCCGAUAUCCUGAGCUCUGCUCCUGCCAUGCAAAUCAGAUACCUCGAGGCAAUGCAAGCCAUGGCCAAGACUGCUAACAGCAAGGUCAUCUUCUUGCCGGCCAACAACCAGACCAUUGGACCCGACGCCAUGAACGCGGCAUUGCAGCACCCAAGCUCAGGAGAGGCUAGUGGUUACAACUCGAGACAUCACACUGGCAACAACCCUUUCAACACCGAGACCAAUGAUGGCUUUCAGCAAGCCAUGAAUGCCCGUGUCGUUGAGAACAUCUAAGUUGGAUGACGACGGCAACGGUGACGUGAUUGGUCAUUACGAAUAGCAAUGGCUGGGAGGUUGAAGAUUGACGAAUGAUCCCAUACCCUCUGUCGCAGGAAUCUUCGCAGUUAUGUCCAGGAAUCCUUUAAAAUGGGUCUGGAGGUUCGGCGCAUCUGAAUUUUCUUUGUUGAGAUACCCCUUCAAUGAGUAUCAUGGCACUCGCUUGACGAUUGUACAAUUAUUUGAUCUAGCUAUCUGCUGUUUCUCAUAUUGUUAGUUGAUCGUUUUGUCCUGUUAAUGAAUGUGUUUAGUUGUA